AUGGCUACUGGAGGAAUGCAGGCCGCCAUCGAGCCUGUUAGCGGCAAGAACUGGGCAUCCUGGAUCCAGCGCCUGAACUUCUACUUCGUGGCGAACGACGUCUGCGACGAACAAAAGAAGCGCGCGCUCCUCCUGACGCUAUGCGGAGCCGACACCUUUGAAACUGCCUGCGCUCUGGUCACGCCGAAGACUCCUGGAGAGGUGGGCUAUGCCGACAUAGUUGGCCUUCUGCAGAAGCACUUCGAUCCGCGACCGUCUGAGUUGUACAGCCGGUACGUGUUCCAGCGACGCGACCAGCGGCCGGAAGAGUCGAUCAGCAACUACGUUGCAGCCCUCAGAAGCUUGUCAGCUGACUGCAACUUCGGAGUGCCAGCGACAACGUCUGCUACAUCGACGCCACCGGCAGAAGGCCACGCAGCCGUUCUGGCGAACCCCACCAUGCUGCCCCAAGAUGUGAUGCUUCACGACAGGUUCGUGUGCGGCAUCCGCGACGAGCACCUCCAGCAGCGACUGUUCGCGGAGAAAGACUUGACUUUUCAACGCGCGUUGGACUUGGCACUGUCGUCCGAAAGUGCGUCGAAGCAGCAACGAGGACUUAAGGGAGCGACGAGCUCCGCGGAGGUGCACAAGACUUCGCAGUCUAAAAAGGAAAGCAAACAUUCGGCUCAGCAACGGCGCUGCUAUCGAUGCGACGGCUGGCACGAGGCUGACACCUGCAAGUUCAGGAUAGCGCAAUGCCGUUUUUGUUCCAAAAAGGGUCACAUCGAGAACGCCUGCAUCUCCAGAAAGAAGAAAAACAAAGAAGGCAACCUCAACGCCCGGCAAGGAACUCACAUGGUUAACGCCCAACCUGUGUGCGACGACCUCGAAGACACCGAUAGGUGCUACGACCUACAUGCCGUGAGUGGGCGACAACCCUGCCCUAAAUUCCUCGUUGACGUGAAAGUCGAGGGAAGGCCCCUGAAAGUCGAAGUGGACACGGGCGCCGCAUGUUCUCUCAUCAAUGAGGCUACGUACCACCAAACGUGGCCAUCGAACGCCCCAAAGCUUUCGAGAGAACCCCUAGACUUACGCACCUGGUCAGGGGAAGAACUGGACACCGUCGGUUCGGCACAAGUUCGUGUGCGUUUCAAAUCAAAGGACUACGUGCUGCCCCUGCUGGUAAUGAAAGGGACUGGGCGCAACCUGCUCGGACGUGACUGGUUUUCAGCACUGAACAUCCGUGUUCACGGAAUAAACCAGGUCGCCGAACCAAGUCAAGAGAUCCAGGAGGUUCUCGCACGCCAUCCUGAUGUAUUUAAGGAAGGUAUCGACGGCUACGUGGUGCCAUUGGUUCACUUGGACUUGGAAGAAGGCGCUACACCCAAGUUUAGCAAAGCACGUCCAGUGCCCCUAGCUUACCAAGAGCCUAUGGAGGAAGAGCUCGACCGCCUGAGCACAGUUAAAGCGGUGGUCAAGAAGACGGCGUACCCACUGCCGACAACUUCGGAGGUGUUCGCAAAGUUGCGCGGCGGGACGACAUUUUCGACGCUAGACCUGUACCAGGCCUAUCAGCCGCUAAGAGUGGACGACGAGACAGCCGCAUUGCUCACCGUCAACACCACCAAAGGACUGUUCAAGGGUGUCCAUACGACCGAAGAAAGGGUAAAGGCGAUCCUCGAGGCGCCAAAACCGACUGACAAGACCUCUCUGCAGGCUUUCUUAGGGCUUCUCGCCUUUUACGAUCGUUUUUUGGAGAACAGAGCGACAGUAGCUGCAGAGUUGCAUGGGCUUCUCGAGAAGAACACGCCCUGGAAGUGGGAGAAAAAACACCAGGAUGUGUUCGAGAUUCUUAAGAAGAUGAUUCGGUCUUCGACAGUCCUUGCGCAUUAUGACGAAAAAAGGCCUCUCAUUCUGUCCGUGGAUGCGUCGCCAUACGGCAUCGGCGCAAUUCUCGCUCAAAAAGCUGCGUUCGGCCGAGAGGCUCCCGUUGCAUUCGCGUCACGAACUUUGGGAACCGCUGAGAAGAACUACUCGCAGCUCGUUAAAGAGGGCCUUGCGGUAGUUUAUGGCGUCAGCCACUUUCACCAGUAUGUCGCUGGCCGGCACGUGACCGUAUUACCGGAUCACCAACCGCUCCUAGGCAUCAUGGGGGAAAAGAAGCAAAUCCCUCAGAUAUUGUCACCGAGGAUGACUCGAUGGUGUCUGAAAUUGGCCACAUACGACUCCGACUUGGUCUACAGGCCUGGACGCCUGCACCAAAAUGCUGACGCGCUCAGCAGGCUGCCACUGCCCGCGCAGCGGAAGCGCCGCCGCCGCAUGAUCUGCCCGCAACGCCCGACUCCGAACAUAGGGAAGCUGAGGCCAGGCUGGACACUUGUGCGACGCAAGCUUGCGAUGACCAACCCAGCGGGUCCGCGCAGCACCAAACUGCACCGAGGCCCCAACGUGAUCGGCGUCCACCUGACCGAUACGGUGACCCCGUCUAAGGGGUAA